UGCUGUCUAACCUUUAUUUAACUGUGUUCAUGUUGUCCAGCUGUUCUCCUGACUGCACAGAUGGAUCGUUCCCGUCUCAUCUUCAUCACCGUCGCUCUGGUUGCUGCAGGAUUCCUGCAGCUUGUGACCUCUGUUUCAGUCCCACUGGGCAUGGUUCCUGAAGCUGUUGAUGACAUGUACGACGGCUGCAGAGAGAAGAUGGAAAAGAAGGUCAACAACACAUACUUUAAAAAAGAGAAUGUGGGAGAAUUCAAAGAAGCCUGGCAAGAAGCAGAAAACUGUUCAAACAUACAAUCUCUCCCAGAAGACAAGGCUCUCACCAAAACCCAUAAGCUGGCAAUCUGUGUUUAUACAUCUCGCGAUGUUUAUAAAGAAUUCAAUACAGCAGUCCGGACCGGUAAGAACAUCUACAGCAGCUCCUUCAGAUUCCACUCUUUACAUUUCUGGCUGACUACUGCCAUACAGAUCCUGAAUAACAAUCAAAGCUGUCACACUACUUAUAGAAGAACUGGAACAGUGUUCACCGGCAAACUUAACGACAUCAUCCGGUUUGGUAUGUUCGCCUCCAGCUCUAAAUACUCAGAUCUCACACCUUUUGGUAAUGAGACCUGCUUUCAGAUAGAGACGUGUUCAGGAGCCUAUCUGAAUGAUUAUUCAGUAUUUAAUGAUGAGGAGGAAGUACUCAUCCCGCCCUAUGAAACAUUCAAGAUAACACACAUUUAUGAAGGUCGGGCACAGAGACCCUGGUUAAGGCAGGUCCACCACAGCACAGAGACCCUGGUUAAGACAGGUCCACCACAGCACAGAGACCCUGGUUAA